AUGUCCGACCUCAGAUCCCACACCUUCGCGUAUAUAGUCUUUGGAGGAUCCGUGUUCGACACGGCCCAGCGACAGACUGUGGCGAUUGCAAAGAAGUUUAUGGCAGACGAGCUUCAUCCGAGAUGUCUCUCGGGAACGGAUCUUCACGAUAUCACGAAUAUGGCCGGGCCUUUCCUGUUCGGGCGAGAGGACUUGAGAGAUCGAGUCCGCAUCUACGAUAGUCAGUGUUACGAGUACAGCCGAAACGAGACAGUGUCACAGUGGUGUGACUUGGACAGAUCCUAA